UUUAAUUUUAUUUUCCUUAAAACUAUCUAUUUUCGCAAUUUAAUUCUAAUCAAAUUAACCUUAAAAAAUAGAGAUUAAUUAGCAAGAUUCUUUAUUUACUUGAUUUGAAAUAAUAGUGGGGGGUGGAGUUUCCGCAGACUUAGAUGCUCACUCAAAGAGUACUACUCUUCUUUAAUUUCAUGAUUCCACAUUGUACUAAGUUCUAACCACCUUUUAAAUCAAAUCAAAAUUAAAUUCUAUGUGGGAUAAAUCAUUAAUGCCUCAACUUAAAUUCAAAUGCCCCACUUUUUUUUCUUUUUUUUUUAAUAAAAAAAAUAAUUUUCAUUUUUUCUAAAUAAUUAUAUUGUGGUGGCAACUACUAUAAAUGACUUGUGGGAUUAAUUUAAGUUUGACUCAAACUACAUAAACUUCUUCUUUUCUUCCCCUCUCUCUCUCUCUCUUCUCACUUUUUGGCUAUCAUUUUCGAUUUCAUAAUCAUGAAUACAAAAGGUAGGAUAAAUAACCCAAAAUCAAAAAAAUUAUAUGAUGAAUUAUCUGAUAAUAAAAGUGAUCAUGAAGAGCUAAGAAGGGGGCCGUGGACCCUUGAAGAAGACAAUCUUCUCAUUCAGUACAUACGUUCCCAUGGUGAAGGCAGCUGGAAUUCCUCCGCCAGAUUUGCAGGGCUAAAGAGAACAGGGAAAAGCUGCAGGCUGAGAUGGCUGAAUUAUUUGAAGCCAGAUAUAAAGCGCGGGAACCUCAGUUUACAAGAACAGCUCUUGAUUCUUGAACUCCAUUCCAAAUGGGGAAACAGGUGUGUGUGUCAGAAACAGGCACGCCAGCUGAAGGUUGCCAACAGCAAGAAGUUUCUAGAAGCUAUUCGAAUGUUCUGGAUGCCGAGAUUGUUGGAGAAAAUGCAACAAGACACGUCAUCGUCUUCUUCCUCCAUAGAAACUCAAAAACAUGCAGCAAAAUCAGAAGCAAAAGCAGAAGCAGAAGCAGAAGCACCACCCUUUUCACCAGUUUCCAAACAGCCCACCACCACCAAUAAUAAUAAUAUUAUUAAUAUUAAUAAUAAUAAUAAUAUUAUUAUUAAUUCAGAGGACGACAGUAAUUCGUUAUUCGAGGACAAUAAUUACUAUGUGGGAUUCCCGAAUUAUGAGACGAUGAUGGAAGAGUUGGAAUUGGAGGAGGCGGCCCAGGGUAACUCUCUACUCUGCGGGCGACACGUGUUGCAGAAUGAUUGGUUUGGGGAUGAAGACUUGGGGAGUAGUACUACUUCUUUUUGGAACACUGAUGAAUUAUGGCAAAAUUCAAAAGGGUGGUAGGGCCAAGAAAAUUAAUAUUAUUGAGAUAAUUUAUUAAUAUAUCUUCAUUUAAUAAUGUGACUAGAUUUUUCAUUUCUA